AUGUGGUCAAAAUUCUUUGCGACAAAGGCUAAAACGCCAGAGGACGUGGUGAAAGCCCUCCGUGACAGUUUGCAGGAAGGCCAUUCACAAGGCGAUCCUCGUGCUUCAAGGAAGACACAUGAUGAUGUUUCCCGUGCAGUAUUCUCAAUGAAAGUCAUGCUGUUCGGCGAUGCGAGCAAUGACGUCGAAGUGAAACCACAGCACGUGGAUGAGUUAGUGCGUCUGGCAUGCAAAGGUGAUUUGCUCACGCUAAUUGUCAGCAACCUCUCCAUGAUGGAAUUUGAAACCCGCAAAGACGCCGUCCAGAUUUUUAACAAUCUCUUACGCCGAGAUAUGGAGGACAACCCGGAAAUGAGCGUCGCUUCUAAAGUGGCCGAAGAAGACGGCGCUGUGCUAGCAACCAUUGUCGAAGGGUACAGCAGUGGCGAUAUUACGUUAAACUGCGGUUCAAUUCUGCGGGAAUGUAUUCGCCAUGAGACACUUGCCAAACUGCUUCUUGAAUCAGUCUUCUUUUGGCGUUUUUUCGAGCUUGUCGAGCUGAGCGAUUUUGACGUGGCCAGCGAUGCGUUUGCGACUUUCAAGGAGGCACUCACAAAGCAUGUAACUAUCAGCGCCAAGUUUAUCGAAACAAACAUGGACCGCUUUGUUGAGAGUUACAACGCACUCUUGAAAAGUCAAAAUUAUGUUACGAGGCGUCAAAGUCUGAAAUUACUUGGCGAAAUGUUGAGGGAGCGCGCAAACUAUCGGAUAAUGACGCACUACAUCGCAUCACCUGGGAACCUCAAACUGAUCAUGAACUUGUUGCUCGACAGCCGGAAGAACAUCCAGUUUGAAGCGUUCCAUGUUUUCAAAAUAUUUGUAGCGAACCCGCGCAAGAGUGCGGACAUUGAGCACAUCCUCAUUCGGAACAAGGAAAAGAUGCUGGCUUACCUGACUGACUUUCUGGCGGAUCGUGAAGACGAGCAAUUUCAAAAGGAGAGACAUCACAUUCUAGGAUGCAUACGCGAGCUCCCAGACACCGAAGUUCGAGAGGAUUCGUCCGCUGGCUGAGCACAUAUUUUAAGUCAGGCGUAGCCCGAAUUUAUCCAUUGAUGUAUAUACGAUUUAAACAGAAAUGCCUAACAAAUGUGGCCAACGGCGCUGAAUUUUCGAGCGUGAGGAAGAUGUUGGGUUCCUCAGACUUUCUGUUUGUCAUGAUUAGGUAGUCUUCGGUCUACAACAACUUUGCAUGGUUCCAGGUAAGGUGCAAACCAGUGCGUGUCGCAAACGAGCCAACAGUUUCGCCGCUAUGGCCUCGUUUUGCGUUUUAUUGUACCGAAAGCACAGUCAUUGUAACGAAACAGGUGAAGGUCUUUAUUGAGCGAGAAUCUCGUGGCACCUUUUGGGGCACGAUGCCCAAGUCAUCGGAAAUGGUCCUAGUUUUCAUUGCAGAAUGUGAAAAGAGAAGUACGGACGACCAGGAGACGCUUCUCUCUUCGACAGGUCGCCAAUUCAAGUCCUUUUUUUUACAAGUAUUUAGCAUACCGCGAUUGCGACAUUCUGCGGGGCUACGAAUUAAAAAAAAAAUCUGUACCAG